AUGAUACGUUGGGGAAUAUUCACGGCCUUGAUCGGCUCGUUUGCAGGCGCCCUCGUUGCUCUCCAAUUCAUAUUUUGGUUUGACAAGACCCCAACCGUAUCAUGGUUCACGCCGAAGACAGGCUCGUAUUCCGGUAACUCGAAAUGGACGGUUGGGGAGGAGGAUACAUUCCUGCUGGGUACCGGAAGGGCAGAUAUUACUGGGCCCGUUGUGGAAAUCAACUUUAUGGGUUACGCGGAUAUGAAUCAAGUGGGAACCGGGCUGCGACAGCGUAUCUACUCUCGUGCCUUUAUCGUGGGAAGCGCCAAAGACCCAGACAACUGUUUCAUAUACCUCGUGCUCGAUAACGCUAUGGGCGACACCGCAAUCAGAAAAGGUAUCUUGGAUGGGCUCGCUGAAAUGGGCGACGAGUAUUCUCGUUAUGGGAAGAUGAAUGUUGCAGUUACUGGGACACAUUCACACUCCGGACCCGGGGCAUGGAUGAACUACCUACUCCCGCAAAUCACGAGCUUGGGUUUCGAUAAACAGAGUUACCAGGCCAUUGUCGAUGGCGCCCUGUUAUCGAUCAGGAGAGCCCAUGAAAGUUUGGCUCCUGGCCGCUUAACCUUUGGGUCAACUGUGGUUGAGGAGGGUGCCAUUAACCGCAGCCCAUCUGCAUAUUUAGCUAACCCUGAGGAAGAGAGAAAUCGUUACAGUUCUGAUGUUGACAAUACCCUGACUCUGUUAAAGUUUGACAGACUGUCGGAUUUGAAAACAGUCGGCAUCCUUACCUUUUUCCCGGUCCAUGGAACGUCUCUUUUCGGGAACAAUACACUCGUUACUGGGGAUAACAAAGGUGUUGCUGCCUACCUCUUUGAGAGAAGUGUCCGGGGCGAUGAUAGUUAUGCAGAUAACUUUGUGGCUGGAUUUUCCCAGUCCACCGUCGGGGAUACCACCCCCAACACUCUCGGCGCGUGGUGUGAAGAUGGUUCUGAUGUUCGAUGCACCUUUAACGAAAGUACUUGCGGUGGUAAAAAUGGGGCCUGUCAUGGCCGUGGCCCUUAUUUCCGCGAAACGGAUCAAGGCGCUAAAAGCUGCUUUGAAAUCGGCCGCCGCCAGUAUACGGCUGCCAAAGAUCUUGUCGAAAAAAUGAGCGCAACAUCCACAAAAAUCAAGGGGGCCCAAAAUGUGGCCGCAAUUCACACAUUCAAUAACUUUUCAAACUUUACAUUCACAUCCCCACUUGAUUCCAGCCGCGUUCUGAAGACUUGCAACGCCUCCCUUGGAUUUUCAUUCGCUGCAGGCACCACAGAUGGCCCCGGAGUGUUCGAUUUCACACAGAACGGCACCGAUUCAUCCACGGAAAACCCUUUCUGGUAUAUUGCGAGAAGCCUAAUUCAUGCCCCUUCAGAAGAACAGAAGGAAUGUCAGAAACCCAAAGUCAUCCUUCUUGACGUUGGUAGUGUGAACGAGCCAUACCCCUGGUCCCCAAAUAUUGUAGACAUACAGCUCCUUCGUGUAGGUCAGGUGGUCAUAAUCGUGUCUUCCGGUGAAGCGAGUACCAUGGCCGGCAGACGAUGGAAGGAAGCGAUUGCCAGAUCUGCAACUGACGUUCUCAACAUUUCCGACCCAAUAGUUGUCUUGGGUGGUCCAGCAAAUACCUAUGUGCACUAUAUCACUACAGAAGAAGAGUAUGGAGUUCAACGUUACGAAGGAGCAUCUACACUCCAUGGCCCCCACACCUUAGCUGCUCACAUGAACCUGACACUCACCUAUUUGCCCUAUCUUGGAGAUCCCUCCUAUACGAUGAAAUUGCCACCCCUCCCCGCCGGCCCUAGCCCACCCAUCAACACAAACACAUCGUACUCUUUCAUAUCUCCAGUCGUCCUCGACACUGCACCUCUUCUAAUGUCAUUUGGAGAUGUUAUCUCCUCUCCAGACGAGUCAAAAACAUACAAGCCAGGAGAAACUGUCAACACCACGUUCGUCGGCGCGAAUCCGCGGAAUAACUUAAGACUUGAAGGAACAUUUGUCACUGUCGAAUUUUUAGAGCAAACCUCGAACACCUGGGAGGUAGUUCGGGACGAUUUCGACUGGACGUUAGUUUACCAUUGGAAGCGCAUCAAUUCUGUCCUAGGAAUCAGUUAUGUUACUGUUGAGUGGCUUAUUGAUGACGAUUUCUAUUCCAUUGGCGAUCCGCGAAGACUGAAAAGUGGGACAUAUCGCAUGCGAUACUUCGGUGACUCCAAGAACCUAAAUGGAGAUAUCUCUAAGUUUGAGGGAGUGAGUGGUACUUUUCAGGUAGCUGUGUGA